ACCUCCAUCUCCGUCUUGUUCCCGGCUCCCGCACUCCGAGCUAGGUCGCAGCACGCCGCCGCCGCAGCGCCACUCCCCGACGUGGCCGUCGCCUGAGCCGGCGCUCCCAGACGCGGCCGUCGCCCGCGAGAUGGCCGGCGGGUAGGCCCGCGACCCUCGCCCGCGAGAUGGCCGGCGGGUAGGCCCGCGACCCUCCCAUCCCCUUCGUGAGCAGGGCUCCCGGCAUCCGCGGCGGCUGCUCCUCUCCCUCGAUCGGCGCCGCCGGCUGCUCCUCUGCUUCGUCCUCACGGCCGGCUGCUCCUCUACGUCGUCCUCGCGGGCAGAAACUUGCCAGCUGCUCCUCUGCCAGUCAGGGCCUCAGGCGUGGUCGCGCCCACCCCGCCCUGUACUUGUCGCUGCCGGCCGUGGCUCACCGACGCAGAGCGCCGUUCCUGCAGCCACCGCCGCCACCCGCCAGAGCUGCUCCGCGUCCGCCCCUCCGCGACCACGAGGCGGCGGCUUCCGCGCUGCUCCGCUUUGCCCCUCCAGAGAUUUCUUUCAAGCUCCGCCACUGCUCCUGUGUGCGCUUUCGCCUCUUUGCCUCCGGCAGGAAAGAUGCCGCCGGCGUCGGCCUACGCCGUCCUCGCCGCAGCCUUCAGGACAAAACCCCCCGUCCCCGUUCCUAGGUGGCUCGCUGUCCUUGGUUCGCGCACGCAGACUGUUCGACAGAAUGCGUUGGAGGUGCUUCCUGAUGCAGCCUUGCCUCCACGCUUCCACCCAAGCAUUGUUCCAAGAGGAUAUGUUCUCGGAUCUCCAAGGCUUUGCCACACCAGCGCUUUGGAGGAUUCCCUGGAUGCCCGCGUCGGUGAAGUUCUGAGAGUUCUCAAGUCCUGUGCUGCCGAUGCUGACCUCGGCAAAGACCUUUUUCAGUUUGCUGAUGAGAUGGACGAGGACGUUGUUCUGAAAGUCCUCCAGAAGCAGAGGUCCAAUUGGCAGGUCGCGCUAUUGUUCUUCAAUUGGGCAGCUGGGCUGCCUUCGUAUGAGCACGGCCCAAGGACGUACACUGAGAUGCUCGACAUCCUUGGGCGGAUGAAGAAGGUCAGGCUUAUGAGACAGCUCUUCGAUAAGAUUCCUGAACAACGCCGUGGGUUGGUCGUAACGAACAGGAUGUUUGCUGUCCUGUUGAACCGGUAUGCAGGGGCGCACAAGGUGCAAGAAGCGAUCGAGGUAUUCUACAAGAGGAAGGAUUAUGGUUUUGAGGUCAACUUGGUUGGAUUCCAGAUACUUCUGAUGUCGCUUUGUCGGUACAAGCACGUCGAGGAGGCUGAGGCCCUCUUUCUCCAGAAGAAAGAUGAGUUCCCUCCUGUCAUAAAGAGCUGGAACAUCAUUCUUAAUGGUUGGUGUGUCAAGGGAAGCCUGGCUGAUGCUAAAAGGGUUUGGAACGAGAUCAUUGCAUCUAAGCUUAAGCCGGACCUGUUCACAUAUGGUACGUUCAUAAAUGCACUAACCAAAGCUGGCAAACUUAGUACGGCUGUGAAACUAUUCACAAGUAUGUGGGAGAAGGGAAUCAAUCCCGACGUGGCAAUUUGCAACUGUAUCAUUGACCAAUUGUGCUUCAAGAAAAAGAUUCCAGAAGCACUUAAGAUUUUUGGUGAGAUGAAUGACCGUGGUUGUCAAGCAGAUGUGGCUACCUACAACACUUUGAUCAAACACUUCUGUAAGAUAAGGCGGACGGAAAAAGUUUAUGAGCUUUUGGAUGAUAUGGAGAAGGGAUGCUCUCCAAACAACAUGACAUACACCUACAUUCUGAAGACAACUGAGAAACCGAGAGAUGUUAUGAAUUUGAUCCAGAGGAUGGAGGAAUCAGGUUGUAAGUUGGACUCUGACACGUAUAACUUAAUAUUGAACCUUUAUGUCAGUAUGAAAUAUGAGAAGGGGGUACAACAAAUAUGGGAGGAGAUGGAGAGGAAUGGAUCAGGUCCAGAUCAGCGAUCAUUUACUAUUCUGGUUCAUGGACUUCACUCCCAGGGGCAGCUGGACCAGGCUUUGCAAUAUUACACGACAAUGAAGUCGAGAGGGAUGACUCCAGAACCAAGAACAAGGAUAUUGGUGAAAGCAAUACAUAUGAAGAAGGAUGAGCCUGAGACAGAAGAUCGAUCCCCAAGUAUGACUGGGAAAAAUCUAAAAUUAGAUCGUGUAUCAGGACUUCUCCAUGUUCAUAAAUAGUCACCGGCAGAUUCUGCUUCAGUAAUCCUAGCAGAAGGUGCUGAGCAUCUGGGUUUACGGAACAUAAUCUAGUUUGUGUUUGUCCAGGUCACAAUGCCCACCCCUUGGGCCAAAAAAAUCCACAAGAGAAGAGUCAUUGGACAAUACGAUGCCCCAAAAUUUAUGCUUUUUGACAUGCCACAGCAGGAUAUGUUUAGGAUGUAUCGGGCAAUUCAGUUGCAGGUGCCAAAGGCGUCUCGAUGAUACCGACGUGCACAAUGAAAUAGAUGACAUCGCUGAACUGAACACUGCAGAGGAUUUGGAUAUCCGACCUUCAAAAAAAGCAAAGAUUUCUGAAUUAGGUGUUAUGGAGCCAUCACCAAUGUCACCAACAAUGUCAGCACCUUCUCCGAUUUCUGAAUGUUUUGAAUCGAUUGUGCCGGUAUCAGAUAAUCAGAUAGAUCAUGAUCCAUUGCCAUCACCUCCAUCACCAUCUAGCUCAAUAUUAUCUCCUGUUUUUAUUUACAUGAUGUCAAGGAACCAGAUUCAAAUAAAGAGUUCAAAGUUGAUGAGACAUAUGAUUAUCUCCCACAAGACUAUACAUUGACCGACCAUGAUCUAUGUGCUCAUAUAGCAAUAGAAUCAUCUUUGAGAAAGGCGGCCCGCGGAGCUAGGGCCAGGGCGGUGAGGCUGAUGGAGAUGGACAAGUUGUACCAGGUUGUCACUUGUCAAGAAGCUCUUCCUCAGCGGGAUAGCCCACGGGUAGGCGGUGGCGCGGCGAUCACGGCGGUGCACAAGGUCACACGGGGUCCCCGGUCCAGGGCGUUCCAGAUGCAGGGCCAGCUCCUAGCAGCUGCGCGUGGCGCCGACGUGGUCAAUGCCAAGUUCGCGUGGUAUGGCGCUCCGUCGGCGGACGUGGCUGCGGCGGUGGAGCACGGUUUCGGCAGGACAAAGAGCCGGGUCCUUGGCCAUCGCGCGCGCGGCGAUAACGUCCACCUCAGUCUCCUUAUGCGAAGUCAGCGCAAUGCUAGCAAAUGCAGAUGAGAACGACGAGGCGCAUAUUGUGCUGUGCCGUGUUCUGAUGGGCCGACCAGAGGUCAUCCCAGCCGGGUCCUCCAAGCUCCACCCAAGCAGUGACAAUUACGACAGUGCCAUCGACAACAAGCAGAACCCACAGUGGUAUGUUGUUUGGGGAAAGGACAUGAACACGAGGAUCCUCCCAGAGUACGUCGUCAGCUUCAAGUGCCCCAGCCUCCAUCCGAUGAGGGUUAAUGAGUGCUCUGUCUGAAUUGGUGCUGUAAUUGUUCCCAGAUGUGCCUGGAUCUCAUGUUAUUAUUCGUAGAAAUUUUGGGUUUCAAGAUCAUCCGGAGCGACCUCCGCGCUAAAGAAGCCUUUGCCGGUACGGAAAGAAAUCUAGAGAAUUGUGUGCGUGUCUUUUUUAUAUAUAUAGAAAAAAAGAGUAAGUAAA